ACAAAAAACGGACGCAACUCACUGGCGGACGCUACACCUGGGUCUUUCCGGGUCCUUCCACGCGUAGCCCGUACUCGUGCUGGUCCUGGGCCUGAGAGAGCCAGAAAGGACGCUCUAAGAAGGAUGUGUGUGGAGUGAAAGAAAAAUGACAUGCUCUGAUGUUAGCUGGUAAAAAAGAGAAAGAAGAAUAACCUAGGAGUCCAUGCCAGUCUCAGCUGUCAUCUAAAGUAAUUGUGAGAAUCUGCCAUCACCUCACACGGGGACCCGGGGAACCAGAAGGCGGUAGACUGCCAGCCCAGGUGUCGACUGUGAGGAGCAGAAAUGCAUAAAAGCAACGGGCAGAAUAGAAGACGUUUGAGAAGGAGCCACCAGCGGAGCCCUUGGCUCGGACAACACGGUUCUGCUGAGAGGUAUAACGCAGUGGCACAGCAAAGCCCACAGGACUCUGGCCAUGUUGACGAUGACGAGGCCCCAUCAACCUCAUCUGGCACAGCUGGGAGUUCUUCGGUGCCGGAUCUGCCAGGGUUUUACUUUGACCCGGAAAAGAAACGCUACUUCCGCUUGCUCCCUGGACAUAACAACUGCAACCCCCUCACAAAGGAGAGCAUCCGGCACAAGGAGAUGGAAACCAAAAGGCUACAGCUGCUGGAGGAAGAAGACAAGCAGAAAAAGAAAAUAGCCAGGAUGGGCUUUAAUGCAUCUUCAUUGCUACAAAAAAGCAAGCUGGGUUUUCUCAAUGCCACCAGUUAUUGCCGUUUAGCUCAUGAGCUGCGAGUGAGCUGCAUGCAGAGGAAAAAGGUCCAGAUUCAGAGCUCGGAUCCCUCCGCUUUGGCAAGCGACCGAUUUAACCUCAUACUGGCCGAUACCAACAGUGACCGGCUCUUCACAGUGAAUGAUGUCAAAGUCGGAGGCUCCAAGUAUGGCAUCAUCAGCCUGCGCGGUCUGAAGACCCCCUCACUCAAGGUGCAUAUGCACGAAAACCUCUACUUCACCAACCGGAAGGUGAACUCUGUGUGCUGGGCCUCGCUGAAUCACUUGGAUUCCCACAUUCUGCUGUGCCUCAUGGGAAUCGCAGAGACUCCAGGCUGUGCCACCCUGCUCCCUGCGUCACUGUUUGUCAGUAGUCACCCAGGAGACCGGCCCGGCAUGCUGUGCAGUUUCCGGAUCCCCGGGGCCUGGUCCUGUGCGUGGUCCCUGAACAUCCAGGCAAAUAACUGCUUCAGUACAGGCUUGUCUCGGCGAGUCCUCGUGACCAAUGUGGUGACAGGACACCGACAGUCAUUUGGGACCAACAGCGAUGUCUUGGCCCAGCAGUUUACUCUCAUGGCUCCUUUGCUGUUUAAUGGCUGUCGUUCUGGGGAGAUCUUUGCCAUUGAUCUGCGUUGUCGAAAUCAGGGCAAGGGCUGGAAGGCCACACGCCUGUUCCACGACUCAGCAGUGACCUCUGUGCAGAUCCUCCAAGAAGAGCAAAACCUAAUGGCAUCCGACAUGGCGGGAAAGAUCAAGCUGUGGGACCUGAGGACCACUAAGUGUUUAAGGCAGUACGAAGGUCAUGUGAACGAGUAUGCCUACCUGCCCCUGCAUGUGCAUGAGGAAGAAGGAAUCGUGGUAGCAGUGGGCCAGGACUGCUACACAAGAAUCUGGAGCUUCCAUGACGCCUGCCUGCUAAGAACCAUACCUUCCCCUCACCCCACCUCCAAGUCUGACAUCCCCAGCGUGGCCUUCUCUUCUCGGCUCGGGGGCUUCCGGGGGGCCCCAGGGUUGCUCAUGGCUGUCCAGCAGGACCUUUACUGUUUCGCCUACAACUAAUUCCACAGGGUGCCGCCUGGAGGGAUGUGGAUUUGACUGAAGGGAGUGAGGAGCAGCCAUGCCUCUGCCACAGCUCCUGUUUCCAGUGAGGGCAUUUUAAAUGGAUGCUGUGUACACAGAUCCCAUCCAUCCGGCUGCUAAGAAGAAGGUGCUAUGUUUUAAGUGGAGACACUUCAGUACAGUUACUUCAGUUAAGUUGUGAGCUCAGAGACCUCAAAAGUCCUUUUCAUAAAAGGUACUUGUUUCUUGUUGAAUUUCUCAAAUAGUCUGUGCCCCACCCACUCUCUCUCUCUCUCUCUCUCUCACACACACACACACACACACCACCUUUUAAACAAAAACUUUGCUAAGGGUUGAAGAUUGGCAGUAAUGAAAUUGACGUUUUCUUUCACCAAAAGCCGUUUCAAGAAGCCUAAUGAGAUUGAGUGAGGCUGUUGGUGUGAGUGCCUGGGUCACAGAAAGGUGUACACCAGCCUGGAGAAACUUGGGGAGAAGGGGAAGCGGGGAGUUCUUUCUCUUGAGUCUCUAGAGAAAAAUUGAAGGCUGGACUGGGAGGUGGUCAUUAAAAAGCUUUUUGAGACUAGUUCAACAUCAGUAGCAGAUCUUGGAUUCCCCUUUUAUUACCAUUCAUAGGCAUUGGGAGGAAAAAUGGAUCUUUCUAGAUGCUAGAGGUUUUAAACAGGCCCUAGCAUGCCUUUGUUGAAGCACCUUCCAGAAUGUCAGGUACAAAAGCUCCUAUUCCUGUUAUGGUGAUUUGAAUGUCAGCGUUAAGGUCCCCAUCUCAAAGAAAGUUGGCUUUCAUUUUUUUGUAAUCCAGAAGCAGUUUGUGAGAUGUUUAUACAAAGUUUUCAAGGCCUGUCUUUGUACUGAACAAUAAACUAGAAAGAACGAUG